AUGAACGAGAUAGAUGUCGAUGAAGCCGAUAUUCUUGUUCUUUCGCAAGGGCUAGAGAAAACUAGUAGGCUUACACAUCAGGUAAAUAAGUCAUUAGCGAAGAUAUCGAAGACUUCGGCUCAAUCGAGUCAGCUAUUUGGCCCGAUACUAGCAAGAAAUAAUGUUCUCAAAACAUUACAAAGAAAUAUCGAUAGUACCCUGAACUCGGUGGCAUCAGUAAAAGAUUUGGCAAAUGAAGCAUCAAAACAUGAGGUUCUGUUAAGGAAAGGUAUUGCGAGCUUAGGUUUGAAACCAUUUACGGUCGAACUACACAAAUUAGAAGACAUGUACCAGGACAUGAGUGUAGGAAAUUCGAGGCAUACUGAAAAUGCAGAGUUUCAUGGUAUUUUGAAACACUUAAAAGAAAUGAUAACAUCGUCAGAGGAACAGUUAGAAUUGGAAUUUAUUCAAAUACUGAAAAGAAUAGAACCAUUUGAUCCACAGAUAAAUAUGGAGAAGAAGAUACCAUUUCCUUACUAUUCAGAUGAAGAUAUAUCACAGAUGUUAAUUAUUUUUAACUACUUUUAUGUGAAAUCAGAAGACUCAAGAAUGCAGGAUAUUUUUAUCAGAGAGAGAGGAGACCAAAUGCUGAAGUCAAUGGCUUUUAUGGAACCAUUCGCAAAAAAGGUAACUUCAAGCAAAAAUGCUCCUUAUGAGAAAGGUAGUAGUGGUUUCAUUAACUACACUGAGGCCGUACUUGGAUUUAUUGCUAAUGAAAGGUCCCUAAUAGAUGAUGUUUUCUCACAAUUUGCAGAAAUAAAACCUAGAGUCCUAAGAAAUAUUUUGGAUCCAAUAGUUGCAGCAUUUUGCAAGGUUUUGAUGAGUGACUUAAUAUUUGUCAAGUCAAACAUCGAUAAUGCUGGGUUGUUCAGUUUUGAGCUUACUGAGUGCAUUAGUGGAGUCCAAAAAAGUGUUAAAGGGAUGAACUUAAAAAAUCAAAUGCAAUUGAUUGAUGCUGACAAGCAAGUCAAAGAUGUAACAAGAUCUUUGUUUAAAGAUACAGUUGAUAGAAUUAAAUCAAAAACGAACCAGAUGACAACUAUCCCUUCAGACAAUGGUGUUACUGAAGCUACUGUUGACACAAUGUCGAGGUUGAGAAAGUUUAGCGAAUAUAAAACAGGAUGCUUGGCAGCAAUGGAAAGCAUAUCGCGAGAUGUGUGGCUGUCUAAAUCGUUCAGAGAAAAAGAGUAUACGAUCCAAAGUGCUGCUAUUGCAGAUAAUGAAACAGCGGCUUCACUUUUAUCAUGUUUUUUAAGUGAUUGUAUUGACACUCUUGUAGCAAAUCUUGAAAGAAGAGCACAGACUAUUUUGAUGCCAAAUCAAGAACCAGAUGUUGCUAAUCCAAAUAGUGCCAGAAAUAAGUUUAAACAAAGGAUAGGUUUCUUAGUAUUGAUGAACAUGACAUUAGUUGAGCAAAUAGUCGAAAAAUCAGAACUAAGCGUAAUGCUUGGUAAUUUAGGCAAAGCCAGAAUAGAAAAACUAAAAAAGAGAUAUGUCAACUACCUAGUCGCAGAUUGGAAGGACUUAACUGUCAACUUAAUGGAUACCGUUGUUAUUGAUAGUGUAGGUAAAAAAUCGAAAGACAAAGAACAAAUUAAAGAAAAGUUUAGGAGGUUUAAUGAAGGUUUUGAAGACUUGAUAUCAAGAACCAAACAAUAUAAACUCUCUGAUCCAGCAUUGAAACGCCUACUCAAAAGUGAAAUUGUGGCUUUAUUGAUGCCAAUGUAUGAUAGAUUCUAUGGCCGGUACAAGGACUCAUUCAAAAACCCUAGAAAGCAUAUUAAAUAUACACCAGACGAUAUUACGAACGUCAUUUCGCAAACUUUGAGGUAG